AUUUGGCCGUACAAAUGUUUCGCGAUUGUCCGUGAAGCCGCUCGACGACGGGAGGCGGUGCGCUCGAUGAGGCGCGACGUUUUUCGACCCUAGACCCGGACCACUAUAUUAGCAAAGGUGGAUUGGUACGCGGGAUAUGAGCAGUUUGUCAAGCGCAAUCUGACUCUGCUCCCCCACCAACAAGCAGUGCAGCAACAAGACGCGCAAGUUCAGCUGGCUCAACCGCAGCAGGCUGACAUAAUGACAUCUAUGUUCGACCAACAAAUAAAGAGUGAGCCUAUGGGAUUUUACUCUGUUGCUUCCAGUCGUUCGGACGGAUCUAACUCAAUGGUGAAUCUAUCGGAUGAUCGAGAGGAUCUCUCUCAGCAGGAAGGUCAUUUGCAACCUCAACAGCAGACCAUGCAGUUGAAUCAGCAGCAAACUCAGCCACAGCCUCAACAGCCGAGUCAACAACAGACACAGCAGAAUCAACAACCGCAAAGUCAGGAAAUACAAGAACAAGAAACACCUAGCCGUCAAUCUACUGGCCAGCAGACGGUUAAAGAAGGUUCAAGGUCCAAACCGCAGCCUUGCAAGGUUUGCGGCAAAGUACUGUCCUCCGCUUCGUCCUAUUAUGUGCAUAUGAAACUUCAUUCGGGGAACAAGCCCUACCAUUGUACAGUAUGCGAGGCAAGUUUUUGCCGCAAACCUUAUCUGGAAGUGCACAUGAGGACGCACACAGGUGAGCGACCUUUCCAAUGUGAGCUGUGUUUGAAAAGGUUUACUCAAAAGAGCAGUCUCAAUACUCACAAACGGGUGCACACGGGAGAACGGCCGUAUGCAUGCGACAUUUGUCACAAACGCUUCGCCGUGAAGAGCUACGUGACGGCGCAUCGUUGGAGUCACGUGGCCGAAAAGCCGCUGGUCUGCGAACGGUGUACUCUAACGUUCACGUCCAAAAGUCAAUUUGCGAUUCAUAUCCGUACGCACACCGCCAGUACCACUUACGAGUGCAAUAUUUGCGGACGUACGUUUGUACGCGACAGUUAUCUGAUCAGGCAUCAGAAUCGGGUGCAUCGUGACAUGAAUCAGAGCAACGCGAACCACAAUCCGCCGACGCCACAGAGCAGCGGCGCCGGUACGCCAGGCACCGGUUUCGAGAGCCCGGUCUGUGAUCUGCGCUACAAUGAGGGACCGUCGUCGUUGGACGGCCUCGCAGGAGCUAAAGGCGCGGGCAUAGCCGCGGAAAUUGCCAGUUUAGCCAAGCAGAACAAUCUACAGCUUCCACUACCGCUGCUGCAUCCGCAGACCACCAACUAGUGUUUGGACGGUAACAGCGCCAUCCAAUCCCUGCCGCAACACCAAUCACCACAGCAAGUAGUAUGUCUCACCGCGGCGCCUACGCCGUUCAUACUUAACUCACCUAUAUCUCACACCGAGCACACGAGCAUACCGCAGAGUGUCUACCAAACGACGGGCUCCUCCAAUUCCUUGGACAGCCCUAACUCCCAACUCUAUCCGCACUUGUCGUCCCCUUUAGAGCCGACGUCGGAGUCGCAACCUCAGCUGCAUUGCAGCAUACCUCCGCCGGGGCUCCAUCCCGCGAUCUACAUAUAUGCUCAGUAUUCGAACACGAGUCCCGCGGUAUCCUAUUCGGCGGAAUACAUUCAGCUUAAUAACUAAACGCGAGCUUUCACCUAGCAUCGAUCAUUAACGCGAGCGAGAUACAUACCAGUGACUCUGGUGCUAUUUAAUCGCGUUAGUUGAUCAAAGUGCCUACCGGAGCAUCCACUUUCGGAUCGUAACAACGGAUGCUCACUCGUCACGGUUUAAGAAUCGCGUUUUGAGUUUUUUUCUCACCAAGGAAGUGUGUUUCGAACACACAAAACUCGAUUCAGUUGAUCAACUGAAUUGAUUGUUGUUCGAGAUAAAUAUUUGCUAAUACUCUACGUCCAUCUAAUGGACUUUUUUUAUAUAUUCAACGAGAUCUUAUAACACGAGAUUGAAUAGCACCCACUUGAGAGACUCAUAAUCAAUGACUUUUAAUGAAAUCGUGCCGCGACGUAAAAAAGACGUUGUAAUAAAAAUCGAUUACUAUCCAUACGCGAUGCUAGCUGAAACCGAGGCGCGUAACGUUUCUACGAGUUUCUGCAACGCGUUUCAACACUUCUUGUUUCGCCUGAUUUUUAUCACAUCUGCGAGUAUACAUAUAUAUAUAUAUAUGUAUAUAUAUGUAUGUAUGUAUAUAUAUAUAUAUAUAU